GCGUUUACUUCCGUACACAACGUCGCCAGCCCCUAGAAACGGCGCGCCGCGAGUAGGUGAUAGUUUCCCUUAAUCAUCAAAUACAAGAAACUUUUGUCGAAAACUUUUACAACCAGGUGACUUACUAAUACUACAUUCCCUACUGGAGACAUGGUGUAAAAUUGAAGCCUUUACUUCCACGACAUUUUGGUGAUUUGUUGGCGUUAAAUAUUGGGAUGGCAAAGACGACCCACAUUAGUUCGCAGGGAAGUUGGUUCCCUACGGGCUACUACGGUCACUUCAGGAGUAAAUCCAGAAAUGAUUUUGUCAACGACUACAGACAACAAGCAAAACCUUCACCUCCUGAGAAGUUCUGCAGAAAAUUACAGACACGUCCAACAGCUCACCAGUUUUCCCACCAUGACAACCGAUUUUCGUUCCUGAAUACUGUCACCUCCUUCCAAGAUGGUUUGGGCAAGAAAAAAGUCACUCAUGCACGUACCAGCAAGUUCCGGCCUGACUUCAUUUCCUGGGUGCCACACGCGAAAGAAAUCAAGGACGGUGGCCCUGUUGUCUCUGUUUACAGAGAAACUUUUAGGAACUCGGAGACAAACCGAGUUCCUCAGAUCCUUGUUCCUGCCGUCGCAAAGCCGACAAAGUAUCUCUCCGCAUCAGCACCGGCUUUCCUUCCAACGCCGUAUACAGACCCGCCCGACAUGGUGCAGGACAAACCGAUCACGACGUACCAGUUUACGCACCGGCAUCAACAGCCCAACCCCUGGGUGCACACCAACAUGAACACCGGCUCCAUCGAGGAGAACCCAGUCCCGGUACAGAAGUCCAACACCUACAUCAACCCCAGGAUAGAGUCCAUCUACAACAGGCCCAAGCAGCAAAUAUCCAUGACGAGGCUGCGCAGGUCGCGGACGGGAUCGGCACCGAUUUUCCGCACCAGCGUCGCGGACUGUUUGAAUUGGCACCGUCCCGAGGCCGAAACGACAGAGUUGAACUUUGAAAAGCCCCGCCCGAAGACCGCCACAGGGGUGUUCCCGGAGGUCAACGGGGCGGAGACUAAUUCUGCCAAUCACAGACAGCCUAGCCCACCCCUCCAGCCGAGACCGCCACAGAUGACAGUCAAGGGUACAGUUUGCCAGUCCACUGCUUGGGGUACGGAGGGCCGGCCUGAGCUGAAUCAGUCCAGCACUGUAAACAUGAACACCAGCGUGGACACUAAACCGUUGGGUAAUGGUCCAACAAUGGCUGCAAGUAAUUCCAUCACACAGUCAACAGCUCCUGUUGAAGCUAUGGCAGAAUGAAUCGUUUUCAUGAACAUUUUUUUCCUUGCAGAUCUCCAUAGACAUGAAAGACAAGUUUUCAGUAUUCAUCAGAUUGGAUAAGUUCUGAUGACAAAAAAAGAGAAUUGCUUUCUUUCAACCCAAAACAGCCAGUGUUUUUUUCCAGUCAGGGGGUGGAGGGAGGGGGGCCUGGAGUAACUUCCCAACCCCUGGCAACAUUUGACCUUUUUUUUUUUAAUGCAAGCGCCAGAGACCCACAACCAUUACUAGUAUUAAUUCCCCCCCUCCCCCUCUGACCCCGCCCACCCCCUCCCCCCCCCCCCCAUUUUACAGAAAAAUUACCCAUUUUUUCCCCUUGGACCGAAAAUCUGGAGACACCACUGAAAACAGCAAUUAUAAAGACAAGUAAAGUGCCUACACACAUGUAGCUGUGCAGAUUGUUUACAAAAAAAUGACAUAGAUGGAAAAGGAGUUACCGAUGUUGCAAAAGUUCCCUGUGUUGACUUGAGUUCUGGAAGACAAAAAUGUUAUCGCUUGAUAAACCUCUGCUGACUUUCAUUAAGAUCAUGUUUAAAAGCCCCCAAUUAUUUGGUAUUUUAUCGUUGAAGAAAAAAAUUGAAUAUUAAGUCGGAAACCGUUUUAAAAAGUGUAGAUUAUGCAGCGGCAGUAGAAUCGUGUUUGAAAUGUAUCUGAAAUAUUUUUUUUAGAGAAUGAAUCCACCUGUGUCUUUCCCUGCAUAAUUUGUAAAUUUAAGGAUUUUCCGAUCAAGUUACAGAUUUUCCAAUCAACUUAAGGAUUUUCCAAUCAAGUUAAGGGUUUUCCAAUCGAUUUAAGGAUUUUACAAAUCGAUUUAAGGAUUUCACAAAUCGAUUUCUGUCUGCACUUAUUUGCCAAUUCACAUCAAGAUCUGUCAAUCAAAAGUAUGUCAUCAUGUAUUUUUUAGACACUAAAACAUUUUAUAUAUUUUUGUUGCGAAUAAGUAUUCAUAAGUCGGUGAAUACAUUUUUGAGUCGUAACGUAUCGUCCAUUUUGUAACGACCUUAAUAUCAUCUUAAAAAAUGACUGGUUUUAAAGUUUCAACUUGAAAUAUAUAUUAGCACUACAAAUUUUUAGUUAUAAGGUUAAUUUUUCAGUUGUAAAAAGAUUUGUAAAUUUUAUAUUGUAAAUUGUAACUGUAUUUUGCUACAUGUAUUGGAAGCAGGAAGUAUUUUGUAAAUAUUUGCUUUUUUUGUGUGAACAUUUUGCUAUCUUGCUAUUUUGCUAAAAAAAAAUCAACAAGCACAUUUUUUAUUAACGUGUUAUUGGAUGCUAAUUUCAAGGAUUAAGGAACAAAUAAAGCAUUUUUGUAAAGCUACAAGAAAAUAAUACAGUUAAAUGUUGAACUUAAUACUAUCAAAAUCUGAAGCAUAACUCCAAUGCAUUUCAACUUAAUUUAGCAGAUUUUCCAAAACAACAUUUUAGUAUUAUUCUAGUACCAUCUGCCAGUAUUCAGCUGUAAUAAACUGUUAAAUUUGCAGAUUGUACACAAAUUGUUCACUUUUGUACGUUCAGAACUAAUUGUCCAGUUAAAUACAGUAUUCAAGUGUUUGGUAAGUGACAGCUCUCAAA